AUUUUAAGGAAAUGUCAAAGUAUUUUAACCACAGUGGCAUAUUACCAGUCAUUCAGUAAAUAUCCUGAUGCCUAUUGUGGACCCUGAUCCACCACGAGGCCUAGUCUCAGACCAAGCCGUGGGGGCAUUGACCUCCGAAACUCUCUCCAGUUUUCCCUCAGGACUACUGUAUAAGGAGAAAAAGAGAAAAGGAAGAGUAGCAUUACUAAUUAGGAAUGGCUGGAGAUUCAAGGAACUGACAGUCCCAAACUUCAGUGACUUCUGGAAUAUCUACCUGGAACCUUAACAUAGGGCCCCAGGGGUGCAACAUGGCAGGCAGUAUUUAUCAAAAAUGGUCCAGCGAUAUGAUUCAUCUUUUGCUCUCAGAAAUUCAAAAUCUUUGGCCAAAAUUUCAAGAUGGGAAAUAUACAAUGAAAAUGCUAUAUGAAGAUGCAAGUACAAAACUUCGUGAACAUGGAUAUGCAGUAAGCGCCUACAGAAUUGAGAAGAAAUGGCACAAUUUGACAUCAACAUACAGAAAUGUACUGAACAAAAUACAGAUGUAUGGAGAAGAGGCCAUAACAAGAAGAUGUGAUUAUUUUGAGGUAAUGCAUGAAAUAAUGAGUAACAUAAAUGCUCUGAGACGCAAAUCUUCAACAUCGCCUUUACAGGAAGUGUUGCCAGGAACUUCUCAGACACAGCCUUCAAGCCCCAUAGCCAUUAAUUUGACUCCUGCCUCGCCAACAUCCUCACCAGAAUCAAGCCAGAAAAGAAAAAGAACAAAUGAAUAUGAUUCACCCAAAAUAAUUUUAAUACCUGCGGUUCGACACCACGAUCAAUUACACCCACAACAACAGUGUAUGCCACUUCAAAAACAAGUGAAAAAGCAAAAACAGCAAAUAGACGAAGAGCAAAAUGAUACAGAGGAACAAGAGUCACGACGAGAGUGGCGAGAAUGGAAGAGACAGCAGGAAUUAAUCAGUGUGCAGCGUGAGGGUAAUAAGGUUCUUGAGAGUAUAGAUAAUAACCUAGCUGCUAUUCGUAAGUCUCUUGAUUUUAUUGUUCAGAAACUUUCCGAUCAAGGUUGACUCUGGAACAGUUUUCUCAGCCAAAAAUUGUCCCUCUUUUCUAAUUUUGUUCUACAUAAUAAAAACAUCAGUAUA